AUGGCGGAAAUAGCAAACCUGCUCCAGGGCUUGGUGAGGAAGCAAACUGAGCACGAUGCCAAAUGGGAGCAGGAAAAGCUACAGCAGGAGAACCGGUGGCAGUCCAUGGAGCGCCGGGUGGACCAGCUUCAGCAGGAGGUGAAAGCUGAGCUUCCAGAUACUCCUCCAGUGAUGGUCGGUGCAGCACCUGCAGCUCAAGCAAAGAGCCCCAAUGUUCCAGCUAUGUGCAGAGAUCAUCAAGAUGUGGUUCCGGUCAUUAAGGAAGAUGAGCUGCAGCUCCGAAUGAAGGAUCUCUAUGAGAAGUGGAUUACUCCGAGAGACAAGAGCAAGGAGCAGAUUGGUGAUGCGAUCGUGUUGGAGCAGUUCCUGAGAGUGCUUAACUCGGAUCUACGGACCUGGAUCAAAGAGCGCAACCCUUCAUCAUCAAGGGAAGCUGCAGAGUUUGCGGAAGCGUUCUUGUCAGCGCGCCGCUCUUUCAAGAGUUCCUUAUUGACCAGAAAACUCAGUUACUGA